AUGGGACUGCUAGAUAAACUGACGAGCUGGCUUGGCCUGAGGAAGAAAGAGGUAAAUGUUUUAUGUUUGGGACUGGACAACAGCGGCAAAACUACCAUCAUCAACCAACUGAAACCGUCAAAUACACAGGCACAAGAAAUAGUCCCAACAAUUGGUUUCAACAUUGAAAAGUUCAAGAGUUCAAGCCUGUCCUUCACAGUCUUUGAUAUGUCUGGGCAGAGCAGAUACAGAAACCUAUGGGAGCAUUAUUACAAAGAAAGCCAUGCCAUCAUAUUUGUCAUUGACAGCGGUGACAAACUGAGAAUGGUUGUUGCCAAAGAGGAGUUAGAUACUCUUCUCAAACAUGAAGAUAUCAGCAGUAAAAAGAUCCCAGUUUUGUUCUUUGCUAACAAGAUGGAUCUACAGGACGCCAUGUCUUCUGUCAAGGUCUCACAGAUGUUGUGUUUGGACAACAUCAAAGACAAACCCUGGCACAUCUGUGCCAGCAAUGCUAUCAAAGGAGAGGGCCUGCAGGAGGGGCUGGACUGGCUUCACGAUCACAUCAAAACAAUGACCACAUGA